AUGCAAUGUCCAUGUUUUGGGAUUUAUUUAGGAAUAACAAUUGAAUUGCAAACUCAUAUACAAGACUUUAUUAAAUUGUCUAAACCUAAACAUGCAACACAUACUGAAGGAAGUUACUACGACUUAGUUACUAAUAUCUCAGAAUCAAUUAAAAUUCCAGGAGAUUUUAGAUGUAAUGUGAGAAUUGAGAUGUUACUACUUGGUGGAAGAGUUAAUGAGGUUAAGAGAAACGAAACAACUUUCAUCCACAGAGAUUUUAUGAACCAUAUGGGAAUGAAAGCGGAAAAGGUUACUGAGGAGUGUUUAUUGGAUAUAGAAUUGGAUAAUUGGAAAUGUAGAUAUUAUGAAGAAGGUUUUGGAAAACUGGUGGCAAUUAAACGAAAAUAUGAUAAUGUAUUUCGUUGGAAACAAAGUAUACCUACUAAUACUGACAUCUCAUGUUAUUAA